AUUUGGAUAUAGUAGUGAGAGAUAAAGGUGAAUGAGUAAAGGUGGCAGAACCCGCCAUGGCGCCAUCGGAGUUCACAAGCGUAAAAAAUGAAAGCGCGGUGGUGGUGGGAAUGGAACCCACUCACAUUUUCAUAUUCAUAUUAUAAAGCUCACUCACCAAACAUGAUCUCAGUGACCAAAACAAUCACUGUUUCAAUCCAAGAUCUCAAUCACAUCACGCCAAGAUCCUCUCUCUUUCUCUCUUUUCUCUCUUCCAAACCCUAGGUAGGCUCCACCACUUCGAUGCGGGGUUUCUUCUUAGCGUAUUAGAGAGAUCGAAAAAACCAAGAAAAAUGCUCGCUUCCGUUUUCAUCAUUGUGUCGCUCCUCUCCCUCUGGGAGUGUUGUCAGUGCCACGGCCACGUCUACACUUUUACGAUGCACCACCGCCACUCCGAGCCCGUCAGGAAGUGGUCCCACUCCGCCGCCGCCGGAAUCCCCGCCCCGCCUGAGGAGGGCACCGUCGAGUACUACGCCGAGCUCGCCGACCGCGACCGCCUCCUCCGCGGCCGCAAGCUCUCCCAAAUCGACGCCGGCCUCGCCUUCUCCGACGGCAACUCCACCUUCCGCAUCAGCUCCCUCGGAUUUUUGCAUUAUACGACAGUUCAAAUAGGGACACCGGGAGUGAAGUUCAUGGUGGCACUUGAUACGGGAAGUGACCUGUUCUGGGUACCCUGUGAUUGCACAAGAUGUGCUGCUUCUGAUAGCACAGCCUUUGCUUCAGCCUUGGCUACUCAGGAUUUUGACCUUAAUGUAUACAAUCCUAAUGGAUCUUCAACAAGCAAGAAGGUUACUUGUAACAACAGUUUGUGUACGCACCGCAGCCAAUGCCUGGGGACGUUCAGUAAUUGCCCCUACAUGGUCUCUUAUGUCUCUGCUGAAACGUCUACAUCGGGAAUACUAGUGGAAGAUGUUCUGCACUUAACACAAGAAGAUAAUCACCAUGACCUUGUUGAGGCAAAUGUCAUAUUUGGAUGUGGACAAAUUCAGAGUGGAUCAUUCUUAGAUGUUGCUGCUCCCAAUGGUUUGUUUGGGCUAGGUAUGGAGAAAAUAUCAGUUCCUAGCAUGUUAUCAAGGGAAGGAUUUACAGCAGAUUCAUUCUCCAUGUGUUUCGGACGUGAUGGCAUUGGAAGGAUAAGUUUUGGGGACAAGGGAAGUUUUGAUCAAGAUGAGACUCCGUUUAAUCUGAACCCAUCACACCCUACCUAUAACAUCACAGUCACUCAAGUACGUGUAGGAACAACUGUAAUUGAUGUGGAAUUCACAGCUCUUUUUGAUUCUGGGACCUCUUUUACAUAUUUGGUUGAUCCAACCUAUACAAGGCUUACCGAGAGCUUUCAUUCCCAAGUACAAGACAGGCGGCAUAGAUCAGAUUCAAGAAUCCCUUUUGAAUAUUGUUAUGAUAUGAGUCCUGAUGCAAAUACUAGCCUGAUUCCUAGUGUGAGUUUAACUAUGGGAGGUGGAAGCCAUUUUGCUGUUUAUGAUCCAAUAAUUAUUAUCUCAACUCAGAGCGAACUUGUAUAUUGUCUAGCAGUCGUCAAAAGUGCUGAACUAAACAUAAUUGGACAAAACUUCAUGACUGGUUACCGUGUCGUAUUUGACCGAGAAAAGCUCGUAUUGGGAUGGAAGAAAUUUGAUUGUUACGACAUUGAGGAUCAUAAUGAUGCCAUCCCAACAAGACCACGCUCACACGCAGAUGUGCCUCCUGCUGUUGCUGCAGGGCUUGGUAAUUACCCUGCCACUGAUUCAACUAGAAAAUCCAAAUACAACUCUCAGAGGUCAAUUGCAUCACCAUCUUCACAUUGUAGCCAUUCUUCACUUCCAACUUUCCUCGGAUUUCUUGUAUUGUGUUUUGUUUAUAUUCUAUAGUCAUUCAUUUGUAUGGACCAGUGGUAGUUUAUGGUAAACUUUAGCUCAUAUUCUUGAUCUACAUAUGUUGAUAUUAGUGUAUGUGGAUAUAGUGUUGAAGAAUAUAUGUAUGAAUUUUACUCUCUUGAAUCAUAUGAUAUGACACUGCAAAUGCCAUUUGCGUUGUA